AUGACGAUCCCUCAAUGGAAAACACUAGCGGAGACUAAGCGUCAGUCCAUCCUGGACGCCAUCCCCGCGAAAUGGAGGUUCCAGGACCCCGUUCCUGAACCCGCGGAACUCCGCGACGUGACGGGUUCUUAUAUCCAGCAGUUCCUGACUCCUCGCGAGGUCGAGAUCACUGAGACUGACGCCGUUGGAAUCGCGGAGAAGACUACGUCGGGGCAGUGGUCUGCGGUGGAGGUGACUGAGGCGUUUUGCCAUCGGGCUGCGCUUGCCCAUCAGCUUGUGCAUUGUCUGCAUGAGGUAUUCUUUGAAGCGGCCAUCGAAGACGCAAGGCGUUUAGAUGCCUACUACGCGGAAAACAAAAAGCCGGUUGGGCCUCUGCAUGGUCUGCCCGUAAGCCUGAAAGACCAGUUUCAUGUCAAAGGCGUCGAGACGACGAUGGGAUACGUGGGCUGGAUUGGCACGUUCCAGGGCAAGAAAGGCGACGCGCGGAAGGGCGUGUUUGAAAGUGAACUGGUCAGGGAGCUGAGAAGUCUAGGGGCUGUGCUGUUCUGUAAGACGAGCGUGCCUGUCACGUUGAUGGCGGGCGAAACGGUCAACAACAUUAUCGGGUACGCCACCAACCCCCAGAAUCGCCUUCUCUCCUGCGGGGGUAGCUCUGGCGGGGAGGGGGCGCUCAUCGCCUUAAAGGGGUCCCCGGGUGGAUUUGGGACUGAUAUUGGCGGGAGUAUCCGCAUUCCGGCGUCUUUUAAUGGCUUGUUUGGUGUGCGUCCGUCGUCUGGCAGGAUGCCUUAUGAAGGAGCUGCCAACUCCAUGGACGGCCAGAAUAGCAUUCUAUCAGUGAUCGGGCCCCUGGCGGCCACGGCGCGUUCCCUGACGUUUCUUUUUAAAGCCGUGCUCAGUCAACAGCCCUGGUAUCAUGAUCCGCUUGUCUUGGAGGUGCCGUGGCGGGAUGACAUUGAACGGGAGACCCGUGCCCUGAUCCACGCCUCCGCUGCUGGUGAAUCCAAGCUUUCUUUCGCCAUUCUACAUCACGACGGCAUCGUGCAUCCUCAGCCACCGGUGGCGAGGGCAUUGGGUCAGGUGGAACAGAGACUGAAACAGCUGGGACACAAGGUCAUCGCAUGGAACCCCCCUAGUCUCGGAGUUGGAUAUGGAUUGACUGGACGAAUCUUCGACCAGGACGGUGGCGCAGACAUUCAGCAUCACUUUCAACUUUCUGGGGAAAUCAACCCUCCUCAGACCAUUGUGGAUGCCGAUGCAGCGCAUUUGAAAGCGCAGGAGCUCGCGGCAUUGAAUGUAGAGAAACGGGAGUACCAGAAGCUCUAUAUGGAUUACUGGAAUAGUACCGCCGAACUGACUGGUACCGGACGACCGGUCGAUGGGGUGAUCAGUCCGUGUGCGCCACACGCUGCGGUGCUACCCUUGAAAUACCGCCACGUUGGAUAUACCUCACUUGUCAACCUUCUGGAUUACACAAGCGUGGUAUUCCCGGUGACUCAUGCCGACAAGACGGUCGACGUGCCCCAUUCGGAUCUGCAGGUCCUGAGCGAGGUGGAUCAGACGAUCCAGGACGAGUAUGAUGCUGAAGCAUACCACCAUGCGCCCGUCGGACUGCAGCUCGUUGGGCGACGCCUUCAAGAAGAAAAGAUGCUGACGUUGGCGGAGUACAUUGGGGAGGCUGGCUCCACGGGUGCCGAUGAGAAUGCUCCGGGCGGAAAGGGUUCAUCCCUCAAAGAUCGGAAAUGUCAGUACUGCAAUCAGGCCUUUACCUCGUCGUCUCUAGGUCGUCACUUGGAUCAAUUUCUCUUCAAGAAGAAACCAGACGGCGUUCACGAUGUUGAGGAGAUUCGGCGCAUUCGGAGCGGCAUCACGCGGCGACAGGCGCGCACCUCCACGGGCAAACGGGACACCCCGGAACGAACGACGGGGAAGGGCCAGUUGGAUUCGUAUCCAUCAGGGGAGUCUGGGAAGUCGCGGGAUGGGGUUCGGAUGAUGUUCAAUACGCCCACAUGGCAUGCGACCGGUGUGAUCAACGACAUUCCCAAUCCCCAACAGACCCCCGAUGCUGCCAGCUCCUCACGAUUUGCCGCUUCGCAGUCUCGGACCGGUUCGAUGAACCUUCCGGAUUAUGCAAGCCGCGGCGCGAGUUCGAACAACCCCGAUACAAUGAGAGCGCUGGAGCUGGCGUUGCGGGAGGUUUUGGACAAUGUCAAGGCUGCAACAUCUAGAUUAAGACCUCGACUUUCCCCAUUUGAUUUCGACAUCCAAUCGCAGACCUUCCCGUCGCUCUGCCUACAGCUGCUGCCCCCGCCUCCGAGUCUUUUUGCGACCCAUCCGUUCCCGUCCCCUACCUCGUUCCCCCUUCAACCUCCCGGUGUGGAACACGUCGAGAUCGUGCGGCAGGCUAUCCGUGCGAAAAUUGAACAAUGGCAGUCGGACCAGCUGUCCGCUGAGUCCGCAAGUCGCACCCAGGCGGGACGGGUGAAUCUUGGCAUGGACUCCAGCAUGAUCGGCCGGAAUGCGCAGCAGCACGAGGAAAUGAGUCUGCGACACCUGGAGCUGGCAUUUAAAAACUGGACAGAUCUUCACCAGGACGCGAGACGGGAAGUGUGGCAGCUCGAGAUCACUCGAGCCUUCGCUCGCGAAAUGGAGAAACGGAAACUGUUGGAUGACCAGCUGGCGCGGGUGCAACAGGAGACGAACCAGCUUCGCGCCCAGGUGGAGCGACUGGGGUCGUGCCAGUGGCCGCGGGAGUUCGCUCUCUUCCCUCCGGAUACGCUGCCGUUGCCGCGCGAUGUCGCCCGAGAUCUGGAUACCAAGGAAAGCCAGAUCAGUCCCAACUCGCCUCGCUGGGACUACGACAGCGUGGUGUCCAAGUGGAAGCGCGUCGUGAUGCAUGAUCGCGGCAUGGGCCGGAUCGGGGUCGGCCACGCGACGACGGCAGACGACCUUACCCCCACGGAGAACAAGUCGCGCAGCGGUGGAGAUCCGACCUUUCCCCGACCGAAACAGCUGCAGCCGCCGCCGGCUUUGAGCCCGGGUACGUCGCCCGCCCACCCCAGCGCACCCUCUGCCUCUCCGAGCCAACAGACGUCGCCCUAUAUCCCGCAAGAUCCCAGCCGGAGUCCCAACGCCGGACAUCAGGCCAAACGUCCACGUCUCAUGAACGGCCACCAUUCCGCAAACCCCUCGCAGCCCGCAGAGAGCGCCAGCCAUCCGCCUCCGGCUCAACGGCCUUCCAGCUCCUCCCACCAGUGGAACACUCCCCAGUCGUCUCUCAUGGUCUCCAGUCUCGCCAGUCCCGCCGCUCCAACUCCUCCGCCGUCCAAUUCCGGCGGGACUUGA